AUGGUCGGCAACCUCUUCGAGGGUGUCCUCGGCCGCCGCAAUGUCCAGCGGCUGGUCGGGCUCCUCAUGCUUCUCGGCGUGAUCGUCACCUCGGCCGCCGCCCAGGCCCCCGUCCACGACCCGAACCACCUGUGUAACGGCCUCGCCGAAACCUCGCACAACGGCCACUGCAUCCCCUCCCUGCGCGGGUGCCUCAUGUCCCGCGUGGUCAACGGCCAGCCCCAGUGCACCCAGUGCAAGAACGACUACUUCCUGGUGGAGGGCGUCUGCGCCAUGUCCCACGAGCUGCCCCUCAACAAGCAGGCCCACCGGAACCAGGUCAUGGACAAGUGCUCCAUCUCCCACUGCCACGAGUGCAACGAGGUCCCCGGCAAGUGCAACCACUGCACCACCUUCAUGACCUCCAACCAGACGUGCGCCGAUCCCAGCCGCACCUUCUUCGAUGGCUGCGUGCCGGUCAGCCGCAAGGCGGUCUUCGGCUGCGCCAGCUGCACCGGCGGCCGGACCCUCAGCCACCACCGGACCUGCAACAUCCACUGCCCGGUCGGCGAGACCCAAUGCGGCACCCACUGCUUCCGCAAUGAGGACAUGCCGGAGGGCUUCCGCUGCGAUGCCUGGCUCCUGGCCGACUACAUGCACCCCGGCCAUGUGGCCGACGAGGUGCAGGACCUGCCGCCGCUCAACUGCGACAACCAUGGGACCUGCUUCAGCUGCCACGCCGAGUGCGCCAAUGGCGCCUGCACCGGGCCCCGGAAGACCGACUGCACCGCCUGCCCGGCCAGCACCAUCCUCAUGCCCUUCAACGAGGUGACCAUCGGCUCGCGCACCCUGGCCGUCGGCAUGUGCACCGCCGCCUGCCCCAGUGGUUACACCAAGUCCGGCGACACCUGCAUGCGCUGCCAGCAGCCCAACUGCCUGCACUGCGACUCCAGCAACCUCGGCGCCUGCACCCAGUGCGUGCCCGGCAUGUUUGUCCAGCCGGAUGGCACCUGCGCCGACCACUGCCCGGUCGGCUUCACCGAGAUGCUGGACGGCACGUGCCAGCCCUGCGCCGCCAACUGCGGCCGGUGCAUGCGCCAGCAGCCGGAAAUCUGCCUCCAAUGCCUGUCGGCCCAUGGCGGCCUGCUGGAUGGCAUCUGCUAUGAGUCCUGCCCGGCCGGCUACCGGCUGAUGUAUGGCGCGUGUGCCAGCUGCGCCGAAAACUGCGCCGACUGCUCGGCCUCCAUCUCCACCUGCAACCGGUGCAUGCCCGGCCACACCCUGAGCAGCAAUGGCGCCUGCCGGCCCAACUGCGCGGCCGGCACCUACUUCGAUGAGACGGCCAAGCUUUGCAAGCCCUGCAGCACCAACUGCGGCACCUGCUCCAAGCGCCCGGACUAUUGCACCACCUGCAAGGGCCCGCUGGUGGUCCUGCAGGAGCGCGGCGUGCGCCGCUGCGUCCACCAGGAUGGCACCCGGUACACCCCGCACCCGGGGCUGGUCCUGCCCUGCAACAUCCCCGGCUGCGUCAGCUGCCCGCAUCACUACAACCUGUGCACCGGCUGCGACCACUACCUGCACCUGCACACCGACAUCAACCAGUGCCUGGUCAACUGCCCGCCCGGGCAGUUCCGCACCGCCACCGGCGUCUGCCAGGCCUGCCAUGCCUCCUGCGGCAACUGCGUCGGCCCCACCGCCGGCGACUGUGUCCACUGCGCCUUCGGCAUGAAGCUCCAGCUCGACGCCUCCGGCCAGAAGGGCAGCUGCGGCACCCACUGCACCAAGCUCCCGGCCGCCCGGGCCCAGGACGUCUGCUACCAGUGCGAGCAGCACUGCCGCAUUUGCGUCGUCCAGGAGACCAAGCUCCACCAUGGCCAGCCCUUCCCCUCGACCUACUGCCAGGAGUGCUCGCCCGGCACCACCCUGGUCAACGGCAAGUGCUUCUAA